GGGCUCUGGCUCUGGCUCUGGCUCUUUUACUCUUGCACUCAUGGCGGAGAGCAGACCUCACACCGCCGCCGCUCGGAUCCGCCAAACCCGCGUCUGAUCAGGAGCACAGGACGACAUGAGCGCUGCUGAGAUCGCGGACAGACUGGACGUUGUGCUUCUGCUUUUACUGAGUCCCAGAGAGCCAGCUGCAUCCAUACACGGUGUCCUCACCAGGCCUGGGAGGCUGUGAGUUAUUGGGAAAGGAACUGAAGAACAAACAGGGGAAAUGGCUGCGACCGCGGGCUUCUCCUCCAACGGACCUGUACCCUGGACGCUGAGCGACACCGAGGUGAACAAUCUGUACCGGGAUCUGGAGCUGGGCACUGUACUGACGCUCUUUUACUCCAAAAAGUCCCAGAGGCCCGAGAGAAGGACGUUUCAAGUCAAGCUGGAGACCAGGCAGAUUAUCUGGACCAGAGGAACGGAUAAAAUCGAGGGCGAGAUUGAUAUUCGGGAGAUUAAGGAGAUCCGCAUGGGCCAGAAGUCACGAGACUUCGAGCGGUAUGUGGAGGACUCGACCGCCCGGCCGGACCAGGCCCACUGCUUCGUCAUCCUCUACGGCACAGAGUUUCGGCUCAAAGCACUCAGUCUGGCAGUGUCCUGUAUUUUCUUUUUUUCUUUUGUUGAGCUCAGGUGGCUGAGAAAACAGUUUUACGCAGUGGAUCGUAACAGAGAAGACCGAAUUUCCUGUAAGGAUCUGAAGAGUAUGCUGUGCCAGGUCAACUACAGAGUUCCCAAUAUGAGGUUCUUACGAGAGAAACUUCCGGAUGGAGAGCUGAGGAACGGAGAUGUAUCGUAUAGUCAUUUUGCGCAGUUGUACCGCAGCCUGAUGUUUGACGCACAGAAAUCAAUGGAGAUUCCACUGCUGCAAAGGCUUAUUGAGAGACCAGAGCAGAAGAUCUCACUGGAGGACUUCCAGAACUUCCUGAUUGAACAUCAGAAGGAGCUCUGGGCUACAGACAAUAACAAGGUGCAGGAGUUCAUGUUCCUCUACCUGAAGGAUCCUCUGCGAGAGAUCGAGCAGCCAUACUUUCAUCAAGACGAGUUGCUCACGUAUCUGUUCUCUAAAGAGAACACUAUCUGGGACUCGCAGCUCGAUCAGGUGAGGCCCGAGGACAUGAACAACCCCCUGUCCCACUACUGGAUCUCCUCGUCCCACAACACCUAUCUGACGGGAGACCAGUUUUCCAGUGAGUCGUCUCUGGAGGCGUACGCCCGCUGUCUGCGGAUGGGCUGCAGAUGCAUCGAGUUGGACUGCUGGGACGGUCCAGAUGGGAUGCCUGUUAUCUACCACGGUCACACCCUCACCACCAAGAUCAAGUUCAACGAUGUGCUUUCCACCAUCAAAGAACACGCCUUUGUUACGUCUGACUAUCCCAUCAUCCUCUCCAUCGAGGACCACUGCAGUAUUGUCCAGCAGAGAAACAUGGCCACCUACUUUAAGAAAGUGUUUGGAGAGAUGCUCCUGACCAAAGCGGUGGACAUCUCAGCCGACGGUCUCCCCUCGCCCAAUCAGCUCAAGAGGAAGAUCCUGAUCAAGCACAAGAAAUUAGCUGAGGGAAGUGCGUACGAGGAGGUCUCGUCUUCAACGCCCUACUCGGAGAACGACAUCAGCAACUCCAUCAAGAACGGCAUCCUGUACCUGGAGGAUCCCAUCAACCACGAGUGGUAUCCUCACUUCUUUGUCCUGACCAGCAAUAAGAUCUAUUACUCUGAAGAGACGUCAAGUAAUCAAGGGAACGAGGAUGAGGAGGAGCACAGAGAGAUCAGUAACAGCAUGGACCAGCAUGUGACGGAGAAGUGGUUUCACGGGAAGCUGGGAGCGGGGCGUGACGGGCGUCAGAUCGCGGAGCGUCUGCUGUCGGACUACUGUCUGGAGACCGGCGCGCCCGACGGCUCGUUCCUGGUGCGGGAGAGCGAGACCUUCGUGGGAGACUACACUCUCUCCUUCUGGCGGUCCGGUCGGGUUCAGCACUGCAGGAUUCACUCUCGGCAGGAGGCCGGCAACCCCAAGUUCUACCUGACGGAUAACCUGGUGUUCGACACGCUGUUCGCGCUCAUCACACAUUACCAGCAGGUGCCUCUGCGCUGCAACGAGUUUGAGAUGAAGCUGACCGAGCCAGUGCCGCAGACCAACGCUCACGAGAGCAAAGAGUGAGUCCCACGUCUCAAC